AUGGACUCCCAGACUCCCCAUAUCCUAGCCACCGAGCUCCUCAACGCCGAGCGGAACGAACUCUUGAAUGAGCUUGACAAGCUCUUCAACGAAGAAGACGUCUCUCAAGCGCUACAGUGCCGCAAACGUGACAACGAAGAAUGCAUAAUCACCAAGGCCGGAGCUCCAGUUGAAGUUGCUCACAUAUUCCCACUUUCGAUGCGCCAUCUCCUGUCCGAUGCUGUGGUUGGCAAGUAUUAUAACAUCUGGAAAACUCUAAAGUUCUUCUGGCCAGGAGAAAAAGUAAAUGCAUGGUUUGAAGCAGUUAGACAAACCACGAAAACACCGCGCAAUUUGCUUUCUCUUUCCCCAAGCGCUCACAGCUACCACGGAAGGUCAUACUUUGCCUUGAAACCUAUCGGUAUUAAUGAGGACCAGACGGAGCUUACCCUCCAGUUUUUUUGGCUACCGCGUGCAAAUAAUUCCCCGAUGGUGAGGCUAUCCAUGCGACCUAGCGUGCCAUCAAUUGGGGAUGUUAGAGACGUUGGUAAUGAAGGGUCUAAUAAAGUUAAAUUGUUUAACGUCUACACCGACAAGCCAAUUUUCAGCGGCGACCUUAUCUUAAUGAAGACCGCGGAUCCUAAAGAAUUGCUGCUGCCAGAUGUUGCACUACUUGAAAUGCAAUGGGUGCUCAACGUUGUUGCUGCCAUGUCUGCUGGAGCCGAACCCACUGACACCGAUUACUCCGAUGAUGAUGACUACCUCGACCCUAUUAUGGACGAGACUAUGUCACAAAUUUCACUUUCACCUCCCCGCUGCUUGAAGUAUCAGAAGCUCGAGGGUGAGGAUCUUUACGACAGCACCCAGCCGUCCCUAACCACCCUCUAA